GAUAGUGAGAGGUGCCGCACACCGGGAGCAGGGGGUCUGUGUCAAGAGCGGCGGGGGCUGCUGGAGUGAAGAGAGACGGGCAGUGCCUUCCCCACAAUGGCAGAUAUGGUAGCUGAGGUGGCUGAGAUGGCCGAGAUGUCAACACAGAUGUCACCAGAGGCAAUGGAGAUGUCGAUACCAAUGUUCAGAGAGAUGACAGAGAUGUCAACAGAGGUGACUGAGAUGAAACCUGGGGAGGCCCUUGCCUCAUCCCUCUUUUUCCAGCACCACCAGUUCAUGUGCUCCGAGUGUGGCAACCUCUACAACACACUGGAGGAAGUCAUCUCACACCAGGAGCAGCAUAUACCCACUAUCACAGAGGAGGAGGCACUGACCACCCAGGAUGCUGGCCUGGAGCCAGAGCUGGUGCCAGGUACUGAGGAUGGGCCUUUCCAGUGUGGUGAAUGUAGCCAGCUCAUCCUCUCCCGUGGUGAGCUCCUGGCCCACCAGGAUGCCCACCUCCAGGAGUCUGCAAGCCAGAUCCAGUACCAGUGUGGGGACUGCCAGGAGCUGUUCCCCUCGCCUGAGUUGUGGGUGGCUCAUCGAAAGGCCCAGCACCUUUCUACUGCAGCAGCAAGACCACCAAUGCUCCCGCCUCCGCCUCCACCUCCCCCAGCACCACCACCAUCUCCACCCCCUGAUCCACCCGGAGUCAAGAUGGAGCCCUAUGAGUGUCCUGAGUGCUGUACCCUCUGUGCCACCCCUGAGGAGUUCUUGGAGCAUCAAGGAACCCACUUUGAUUCCCUAGAGAAAGAGGAAUGCAAUGGGCUAGAGGAAGAUGAGGAGGGUGAAGAUGAUGAAGAAACAGAGGAGGAGGAAGGGUUGGUAGCAGAGGUUGGUAAUGAUGCUAGAGGAGGCGACAAGUCCACAGCCAGCCUGGCCCAGAGCUGUGGGGAUUAUCACCAACACUGGACCUCAGCAGGGGCACGCCGGCGACACCGGCGGGCAUCCCAUGGCCCAGCGUCAACAACCCAUCCCUUCCGCUGCAGCCAGUGCCAGCGCUGCUUCAGCUCAGCAAACCGUCUGCUGGCUCAUGGGCGGGCCCAUGUCGGCGGCACACAUGAGUGUACCACCUGCUUCAAGGUCUUCAAGAAAGCAGCCUCACUGGAGCAGCACCUGCGGCUGCACCGUGGGGAAGCCCGCUACCUCUGCGUGGACUGCGGUCGCGGCUUCAGCACAGAACUCACAUUGGUGGCCCACCGGCGGGCUCACACCGCCAACCCAUUGCAUCGCUGCCGCUGUGGCAAGACGUUCAGCAACAUGACCAAGUUUCUUUACCAUAGGCGCACCCACGCCGGCAAGAGCGGGGCACCUCCCACCACAGCAGCGGCCUCCCUUGCUCCAGCUGAGCCCAUGCCCCCGCCACCACCCCCUACCCCACCUGCCCAGCUGCCCUGUCCGCAGUGCUCCAAGUCCUUCGCCUCAGCCUCCCGCCUCUCCCGGCACCGGCGCACAGUCCACGGGCCCCCUGAGCGGCGACACUGCUGUGGGGUUUGCGGCAAAGGCUUCAAGAAGCUGGUCCAUGUGCACAACCACCUGCGGACACACACGGGCGAGAGGCCCUUCCAAUGCCACUCCUGUGGCAAGACCUUUGCUUCUCUGGCCAAUCUCAGCCGCCACCAACUGACCCACACAGGUGUGCGUCCCUACCAAUGUCUGGACUGUGGCAAACGGUUUACACAGAGCUCCAACCUACAACAGCACCGGAGGCUGCACCUGCGGCCAGUGGCCUUUGCUCGUGCUCCACGCCUCCCCAUCACCGGUCUCUACAACAAGAGCCCCUACUACUGCGGGACAUGUGGCCGCUGGUUCCGUGCCAUGGCGGGCCUGCGCCUGCAUCAGCGGGUCCAUGCCCGAGCACGGACGAUGACACUGCAGCCCAGAUCACCACCUCCCGCCCCAUCCCCGUCCCCACAGCCUCAACAGACUAUCAUGUGCACAGAGCUUGGAGAGACCAUCGCCAUCAUCGAGACAUCCCAGCCACUGGCACUUGAGGACACACUGCAGCUGUGCCAGGCAGCACUGGGGGCCAGUGAAGCAAGUGGGCUAUUGCAGUUGGACACGGCCUUCGUGUGACACAGCUAAGAGCAAUAAUAAAACAGU